GUUUGCUUUGAGCAGGGUCGAAGAAGAAGAAGAAAGUUUCGCAGCGCGAGACCGCGUUGACCAGAAUCGUUCCCACUGCAUUUUUCCACAAUUAUCGUUCCUAUUUCAAUAGGCGUGCGUAAAACAAAGGCCAAUGACGGAAAUGACAAAGUGUUGACAGCGUAAUCGUCUCGGGAAACGUGUGCGUGUGCCUAAGUUUAGCGGCGAUUUUCCUGGCCCGAUCGUGCUCAACCCCACCAUCCUUUGUAGACCUGUAGUGGUAGUGGUCGCCGAACGGACUUUCGGAAGGCUGAAAGGCAGUCUCUGAGGAGAGGAAAGGUUGUGAACAAGCGUGAUCCCCUAGUCCCCGGCCCCGGAAUGGAGAUGGCUCACGAAGUAGUGGAACUUGCCAAUGAGCUGGCUCGUGCCGUGAAGAUAACGAUGGAUCCCGAUGCAACACAGCAGGCUAGGAUGGAUGCAUACGUAGCCUGUGAACGAUUCAAAGAGGUAUCACCACUCUGUGCACAAGCGGGCCUUUCACUGGUGACCGGCAACUACCCACCCAUCGUGCGCCACUUCGGACUGCAGCUAAUGGAGCAUACGAUCAAGUUCAACUGGAACAGCAUCUCGCAGCAAGAGAAAAUAUUCAUCAAGGAAAAUGCCAUGAAGCUGCUAAACGCCGGCGUCGGGGAGGCACAGGAUCAAAGUUUGGCCCACAUAAAGGACGGUGUGUCACGGAUUAUCGUGGAGAUGAUAAAGCGGGAAUGGCCCCAGCAAUGGACUACCCUACUGGUCGAGUUGAGUGAUGCCUGUUCGCAGGGCACGGCUCAAACGGAGCUGGUAUUGCUAGUGUUUCUCAGGCUCGUCGAGGAUGUGGCACUGUUGCAGACAAUCGAGUCCAAUCAACGGCGGAAGGACAUUUAUCAGGCGCUCACGGUGAACAUGUCGGAGAUAUUCAACUUUUUCUUACGGCUCAUCGAACUGCACGUGGGCGAGUUCCGAAACGCAACCACGGUUGGCGACAAGCACAAAGCGCAUGGGCACAGCCGUGUCGUGCAGGUGGCGUUACAAACACUAACCGGGUUCGUGGAGUGGGUAUCCAUCAAUCACGUGAUGGCGGCCAACGGACGGUUAUUGCAGAUUCUGUGCAUUCUACUAACGGACGUCGAGUUCCAGCAACCGGCAGCCGACUGCCUUGGACAGAUUGCCAACCGGCGUGGCCAGCUCAAAGAUCGCAAGCCGCUGCUGUUUCUGCUCGAAGACGCUCCGGUCGAACAUUACUUCCAAGCGGCCACACAGAACGAUCGUCUCGGCACGGAAUCGUACUAUCUGUUUCUGAAAAAACUCAUCCCCGUGCUGACGGGAUUGGCGUCCCAAAUGACGGCCCUGUGGGGCAAGGAGGACUGUCUCCCGAUUCGACCACACUGUUUGGCGACUUUCCUGGGCACGUUACUGAUCUUUACGCGCCACUCGAGCUACAGUCUCGCACAUCCCGCUGCCCUGAUCUGGACCAGCCUGCUAAAGCACGAGCAGAUAUCCAAGGAGCCGCUGGUGCUCGAGUACAUUCCACAGGUGAUCGAGGUGAUCGGGCCGAAGAUCAUAAAGAUCAACUAUCCGCUAACGCGCCCCACAGAAAUUACGAUGCAUCCGCAGACGUUUGCCAGCCUGGACUAUGACGGCGAGGAAGAGUGGCUGGUGUUUUUCUUUCGCUGUCGUACGGAUUUCCUGGAAAUCUUUCGUCAGGCAACACUCAUCGCACCGCUCGUGACGUUCUCCUACUGCGAACACUGGCUUAACGCAAGGCUGCAGAAAACGGCCACAACGGAGCGCAAUACCACGUGCAGCAUAACUGACCCGGUGUACCUAGAAUGGGACGCACUGACCAAUGUGCUCGAUGGCGUACUGUCCCGUAUUCUGAUGGUCACCGAACGUCCAUCAGUCUCGGCCGGGCUGCGAUUGCUCGAAGAGUGUCUGAAGGUAGAAUCCAACGACCCGCUCGUCCUUUCCGUGCUGCUGUCCUGCAUCUCCUCCUUGUUCGUGUUUCUCAGCAUGUCCUCGUGCCAGAUUACGGCGGCCAACUGUGUGGCCAUGACCGGUGUGCAGCUGUUGCCACGCGUGCUGGAGAAGAUAUUUGCCUCGCUGGUCUUUCAGGAGCCGGGUGAAACGCGCCACACGCGCACGGUGGCGGUAAAAAAUCUCCGUCGUCAUGCGGCCGCGCUAAUGGUGAAAAUUGCACACAAGUAUCCGCUCCUGUUGUUGCCCAUCUUUGAUCAGAUCAAUACGAGCGUUAAAAAUCUUAUCCUGCAACCGGAACGGCUCAGCAAGGUAGAGCAGGUUACGUUGCUGGAAGCGUUGCUGCUGAUUUCGAACCAUUUUUGCGAUUUCGAGCGUCAAAGCAGCUUCGUAGCGGAAGUCAUUCGCGAAGGGGUAUCGAUCUGGGGUGGGAUGCUGAUGCCGGUGGUAAAAACUGCACACACCUUCAUCGAAUACGUCGGACUCAACCAUUCAGCCUUCGAACCGUUUGCCACGACAAUCGAGGACCCGUACAAUGUGAAUCGCCGGCAGCUGACGUACGCGCUCAAUCUCGUGCUGGGAGUGAUUAAGCGUUGCUCCUGGCCAGACGAUCCGGAUCGCUGCUCGCGCGGCGGUUUCGUCGUAGCGCUAACCGAAUCGGGCAAUCCGAUCUGUCGAAACCCGGCCACCUCGCACGUAGUUCCACUGUUACCCCACAUCCUGUCGCUCAUGCGAUGCCUCAACGAGCUGUGGAAACCGGACGCAUUGCAGUCCUUUUCCGCCUCGUUCCGCAACGCCAAUGGGAUGCAGGAGAGUGAGAAGAAGCAGCUGCUAGGCGUGUCGCCGGUGCUGCAGGAUCCGCUCGAUCCUUCGCAAAAGCUGCCACCGACCGCUUUCGGAAGGAUGCAAACGUUUUUGUCGAACAUUUUCGAGCACUGUUACCACAUGAUGGGGUCGGCUGGACCGUCGCUCGGGCGAGACCUUUACGCGUUGCCCGGCAUCGCGAACGCUAUCGUCGGCAGCGUGUUUGCUAGCCUGGAGUAUGUGCCCGACUUUCGCCUCAGAACCAUUGUGCGCGUGUUUCUUAAACCAUUCAUCUACUCCUGCCCACCGGUGUUCCACGAAGCAGUCCUGUUGCCAAUCUUUGCCCACUUUGUUCCGUUCAUGCUGACAAGACUGACCGCUCGCUGGCAUUACAUUACGUCGCUCUACGAAUCGGGCGAGCUGGGGGAGGAUGUAAGCGACACGCAGGAAGUGUUGGAAGACAUGCUCAACCGAACGCUCACCAGGGAGUACAUUGAUGUGCUGAAAGUGGCGCUGGUCGGUACUACCAUCGAUCCGACCGCUAACUCAGCGGCCGAUGCGACAGUGGCCGGUGGCAUGGAUCAGGACGAUCAGAGUAUGGACGGUACGCCGCAAGCGCUGACACGUGCAGCACAAUCUGCCAUGACGUCCGAGGUCAUUAGCGAUUUGGGUGGCAAAUUGCUAAGGAAUCAAUACACGAGCAAUCCUAUCGUGAUGACGGUUUUAAGCGUUCUUUCAUGGAAUGAUAGCAUUUCCAGUCUGAAAGCGACACUCCUCAGCGGUCCAAUCAUACGAUUCCUAGCGUCGGAACAAUUGAUCACCGAAGCGUUGGCAUCCAACAUUAUUGUAGCGGUACUGAAGGCUCUUCAGCUGCAUGGGCAGCACGAAUCCAACCAGACAUCGCUCAUUACGCUCGGUGUGCAGGCGUACGAGAUACUUCGGCCCAAGUUCCCGAACAUACUGGAGGUGCUCCAGCAGAUUCCCAACGUAAGCGCGGGCGAUAUACAGAAGCUGGACGAAAAGAUAUCGUCCGGCAGCACCAAGGGCAACAAGAUCGACAAGGCAAAGAAGGACCUGUUCAAAAAGAUUACAACGAACAUUAUCGGGCGCAACAUUGGCCAGCACGGUCGGAAGGAGGUGAAGAUACUGAACCUGCCACCGAUCGUCCCGCCACCGAACAAUCACCGCUCGUCGAACGCAUUUAAUUUGAUCGAAAGCAACCAGGAAACGGGUCUGGCGCAUUUAUUUACCAGGCGUAGUUAGUGUGGCAUGCUGCUGCUUGCUGCUUGUUGUUGGUGGGCGGUCCCAGUCGGAACAGACCCGUCGCGUCGCUGCGUACACAUGCAUCCCGAGCGGUAAAGUUCACACGAAAGGCUGUUGCUACUGCAGAUGGAGAACGACGGAUUCCGAAGCAUACACUCAACAUUUGUGAAUAUCUUCUUUUUUUUUUACUGUACAAUUAAUCCUUAAGCUUUUUCGGUACUUUUUUAUAUUUAUUAGUCUAUCGUGGACCUGGUUUACGGCCAACGACCCUUUUGCGUUUGGCGUGUUUUCGGAAAACAUAGGGCAACCCCGAAUAGUGGACCCGAAUCGAUCGCGGCAGACGACGAAUGUUACGCUUAUACAUUUGUUUCUUUGUUUGUUUGUUUGAUUGUUUUGUUUUUGUGUUUGUCGUGUCCGAUGGAUCACCGUUACCGUUAAUUAAUUUUCAACGCGAGCGUUAUCAGUGUCAGGGCGGCAGCAGCUGGUGUAAAGAUAGCUAUUGUUUCUGUGUAAAAAUUGGAAAUGAAAUUUCUCUGUUAAACGGAUCGCCGAUCGGUCGUAGCGUUUUGUGCAGGUGUAUGUUUUUGAAACGUUUUUCAAGUGGGAAAAGCUCCCCCCCCCCCCUCCCUGUCCUGUCACCCCAGCCACAUCGAACAGGAGCUGUAAGUUUGUUAAAUAUUUUUAUACGAAUGCGUCCAGUAGGGGAGGGUUUAGAUGUUAAGCAAGAUAUUGUCCGCUAGCGUAGUGUGCAUACAUCUCGAACGCGUGCAAAGCAGACCGGUAAGGGGAUCCACCGUUUGUUGACCGGUGGAUGGUGGAUGUUGAUGUGCUUAAAAUGCUAGUUGCAUUUUAGUUUUCGUUUAGUGUUCGGUUAUUUUCAAAUGUUUAAGUCUGCAUCAGAUACCGUACCGGAACCGGGCGUGUGCGAGGACGCUUGUUUGCGAAAAUGUCAAGUACGAGUAAGGUUCACUUUUCCUAAUAUUAUUGUAGAAUGUAUGUGUGUGCGUGUGUGUGUGUGUGUGUGUGCGUAUGUGCGAUACGUGUCGACGAUUACGUGGAUCGAUACGGAUGUGUAAUAUUUAUAACAUUAUUACAUGAUACAUGCGCUCAUUGCGUCAAACGACCGGGAAAAUAAAUGUAUAAGAAUCAGUUCUUGUAAAUGUA